ACGGCGCGCCCACGCGGUGCGGCCCGGAGCCCUCGGUGGCGGUGCGCUCCGCCCUCUCCCCUCCCCUCUCCCCCACGACCCUCUUCCCUUGGCCGAGCAUGGGCGCGCGCGCGUCCCAGGAGCCCCGGGCCCGGGCCGGCCUGCGGCUGCUGCUGCUGUUUCUGCUGGGGGCGCUGCUGCUGGUGGCGCUGGUGGCCCCCGGCGCGCAGGGGGCUCGGGGCCGCGGGACUGCGGACAAGAACAGCCACCGGCGCGCGGCCAGCAGCUUCUCGCAGAGCGUGAGCAGCCUGUUCGGGGAGGACAACGUGCGCGCGGCUCAGAAGUUACUAUCCAGGCUGACCGAGCGGUUCGUGCAGGGAGUGGACAUGUUCGUGGAGACAUUAUGGAAAGUUUGGAUGGAGCUCUUGGAAGUCCUUGGACUUGACGUGUCCAACCUGUCACAGUACUUCAGCCCAGCCUCCGUGUCCAACAGCCCCACCCGGGCCCUGGUGCUGGUUGGUGUGGUCCUCCUGGCCUACUGGUUCUUGUCUCUGACCUUGGGUUUCACCUUCAGCCUCCUGCACCUGGUGUUCGGCCGCUUCUUCUGGCUCGUCCGAGUCGUCCUGUUCUCCAUGUCCUGCGUGUACAUCCUGCAUAAGUACGAGGGUGAGCCGGAGCAUGCCGUGCUGCCCCUCUGCCUCGUGGUGGCCAUCUACUUCAUGACGGGGCCCAUGGGCUACUGGCGGGGCGCUCCCGGUGGCCUCGGCAGCCCCAGCGUGGAGGAGAAGCUGGAGCACCUGGAGAACCAGGUGAGGUUGCUCAACAUCCGCCUCAACCGGGUGCUGGAGAACCUGGACCGCUCCAAGGACAAGUGAAGGUCAGUUUCCCCUCGGCCGUCCAAGGGUGCCUACCAGCUAUUGUGAUGUCAAAAGACAACGGAGGAAGAAUAAAACAGCAGCCAGCGGCAACCCCACCAAACCCCGACCCCUCCCAAUAAACUGAACAAGAACGCCACAACCUGGUAUUUCCCACUGUGUGCCGACCUUACGACCCACUGGAGGAGAAAGAACUCACGUAGGACUUAAAUCAGAGUGUCGCUAGUGGGCACAACAUAUUUUUUAAACAAUGGAUAUAGCCCUCUUAGCCGUGUAGUCAGAGAAAUUUAUCUGCAUAGAACAUAAAGUUGAUUUUUUUUUUUUCAAACAUUCGAAUCUUUUGUAAGGUUUUUAAAUAAAGGAAGAUCAAGUCAAGUUUAUCAGACCUUGGAAGGAAGCACUUGAAGAUUCGAAGGAAGUUUAAAUUGGCUGGUGGGUGAGCCCUGCGUGCGUUAUUAUCUUCGUGCUCCCAGAUGUGACCUUUACUUCAUGUCUGUUGGUGGUGACUUGGUUCAUGAGUGCUGUCUCUUGUUAUCGUGGACACCUGGGCUUCAGAGUGGAACUCGGUCACUUUUGGAUCCUAGGGCCCCUGUGUGCUCCUCGCAUUGUGUUCCUUCAUGUCUUUCUGUUUCUAUGGUGCUGGGGAUGCCGAGCUCACCCCCACCCCUGUCCACUGUGUUUCUGAAUGAAGGUACCCAUAGACGUCCUGGAAUCCUUUCCUCCUCACUGGACUUUAAUGUAGUCUAACACCCAGCCUUUCUAGAAGGAAAACACACACAGAUGGGGCUACAAAAUGUCUUUGGAGUUUGAUGCCAAGAACUUCCUGGGUGGGUCUUGAACAUUAUUCCGGAAUCUAGCUGAAUCUCACAUUCCCUAUUUGCCAGUUGGACCCAAAUGGGAUUUGCUUCUUUGUUUCAUUUGCUUUUCCUUGACUCAAGACCAUAGAAAAAACUGUUGAUGGCCAGUAACAUCUUUCAUUUCAUUGCUUCUAGAAUAUUCUUAGGCAUAAGCAACCUUAAGAUCUGAAUUGUCUGUCCUGGAAUUUUUAUGAUUAUGUUAGGUGCUUUUUGUCUGGGAUCCAGGGAGUUGUUUCAGUUUAACCUUGGGUUGGGGGGCCUGGGCAGAGAAUUGGGUCUGAGACUGGAGGUGACGCCCCCUCUGCCAGGACUCUGUGGAAAGGAAGCUGGCUUUUGCAGGAUGUGGCUGGGAUUGCCAUUGUCUCUGUGGUCCUUCAGUGUACCCUGGGGCCACAGUCCCAAGUUGAGCUUGGUGGAGUCAGUUGUCGGCUCUCAUGGCAGACCUUGGUGGAGGAACCCAGCCGACAAUAGCUCUGGUGCCAUGUGUCUGAGAAGUUCUGUUUUGGGUUAUCAAUGUCUGGAACACAGAUUCGGGUCUUUCUGAGGAUAGGUCUGAAACCUCUGUUCUUGGGGUGACUUGUAUGGGGCUCACACUUUUUUGAAUUCCAUUCACUUGUGGAACCCAUACUGGGGAAAUCUCUCCAUGGACAUUGGACACACAUGACUUCUGGUGUGAAACAGUUCAGUUACGUUUUGUUUGGAUACUCUCAACAGAUGUACUUGCUGCACAGGGUGUGAGUAGUAACUGGUGGAGGGGCAUGUCAGUGGCUAACUCAUGUUUCCUUCCCAAUGUCUGGCCAUAUCAUACCAAAAGAUUGAUUUGCAGAUAUUGGCUAUCAACCUCUGUGAAGCCGAGCCUCCCUGCUCUUGCCUUGGCUCCUCUCAUUGGUGGCCACAGAGAUGUCCGAUUUCAGGUCCUAGACAGUACCCCUGUAGCUGAGUGUGCAGUCCUAGUAUUCAGGAGGCAGAGGCAGGAGGAUUGCUGCUAUUUUGAGGCUAGCUCAGUUUAAAUAGUAUGUAUAUUCCAGGCCAGCUAGGAUUACAUAUCAAGACCAGAAGGCAGGUUUAGUGGCACACAAGAGCCAGAAGCAGGUAGAUCUCGUGAGUUUGAGGCUAGUCUGCUCUAUACAGUGAGUUCUAGGUCAGUCAGAGUUAUACACUGAGACCUUGUCUCAAAACAAUAACAAGAAAAAAGUUAAACAGCCUGACCAAAUGUAGACUCUAAAGCCAGUUUUAUAGUUUGAUUUAUAUAAAUCCAAGAUAAUCUUCAUUUGAAUUUAUUCAUGUAUUUUCUUUCAGAUAGGGUCUCAUGUAUCAUAGGCUGGCCUUGAACUUGCUUAAGUAGCUGAGACUGGCCUUAAACUUCUGAUCCUCCUGCCUCUACCUCCCGAGUGCAGGGAUGACAGAUAUGUGGCUCCACACUCAUUGUGUGCAGUGCUUAGGGUGGGACCUAGGCACCAUGCAUCCUAAGAGAGCACUCUAGAGUCUAGCCCCAGGAUGCCUUCAUUCUAAUGGAAGAAUGUACACACCAGAGUAGAAUGUUACUUGAUAUUCUAGAAGUAGACCUUUAGAUGGUAGAUGCAUACAUUUCAUUUCACCUUGUUUAUAAUGUAUUUUUUUUUUUUUUAAGUCAGGGUCUCUUCAUAGUGCCCCCCCUCCCUCCGCUGUCCUCGAACUCAGAGAUCCACCUGCCUCUGCCUCCCAAGUGAGUGCUGGGAUUAAAGGUGGGAGCCACCACGGCUGGCAUUGUUUGGAUGCAUUGUUGGUUGGUUGGUUGGUUGGUUGGUUGGUUGGUUUUUUUUGAGACAGAGUUUCUUUCUCUGUGUAGCUUUGGAGCCUGUCCUGGAACUCGCUCUGUAGACCAGGCUGGCCUCAAGCUCACAGAGAUCCUCCUGCCUCUGCUUGCCGAGUGCUGGGAUUAAAGGCAUGCACCACCACCGCCCGGCUUGGAUAUAUUCUUAUAUAUUUGGUUGUGAGCCUAGCCUUUAACGGCUGAGCCAUCUCUCCAGCCCUUGGAUAUAUUCUUAACUCCCACGUAGUUAAAGAUUUUUCUUUUUCUGUCUCCAUUCCGUGCAGGUGCGAAGUAGCUUAUAGGUUUCCCUUCUUCUACCAUCCCUUUUGUAUGUGGAAAGAUGUAUUUUUGUACCUCAUUUCAUGCCUUAUCUUCGGAGCUGUGUACAACUCCUCUUCCCUGAAUAACACGAGAAAGAGACAUUUUGAUGGCAGCGGCCAUGGAUCUGUUAUAAUUAAGAGUCAGGGGCCGGCGAUAUGGCUCAGUGGGUAAAGGUGCUUGCCACCAAGCCUGAGUUUGAUUCCCAGGACCACCCACAUGGUGAAGAAGACAGGUAGCGCCCACAAGGUUUUCCUCUGACCAUUGCACACAGGCCAUGGUUUGCCAUCCCUUCCCCUAAAUAAAUACAUGUAUAAUUUUUUUUUUAAAAAAUGAAAGGAAGAGAGAGUUGGGGUUUGAACUGUCUUAAAGUCAGAGUUAAUUCCCUGAUGGUUCUUUGUCACUAUAAGUACUUGCCUUACCAAGGAUAGGAUUGAGGUCAGAUUGGUUAUCUCUGAAGAACUGGAUUUAGGGGAUCACAUUGGGGUUGGUGAUUUUGGGGGGAGGGUAGGAGGGGGAAGACAGGGUUGGGUUGGUGAUUUAUUUUAUUUUUAUUUUUAUUUCCAAGACAGGGUUUCUCUGUGUAAUAACUCUGGCUGUCCUGGAGCUCACGGAGAUCCUCCUGCCUCUGCAUCUAGAGUGCUGGGAUUAAAGGUGUGGGUUAUGACCGCUCUUUGGGGGUGGUGAUUUUUGAUGCUGGUGGGUUUUUUUUUGUUUUGUUUUGUUUUGUUUUUUUGCAAGACAGAGUUUCUCUGUGUAGUUUUGGAGCCUGUCCUGGAUCUCGCUCUGUAGACCAGGCUGGCCUCAAACUCACAGAGAACCGCCUGCCUCUGCCUCCCGAGUGCUAGGAUUAAAGGCGUGCACCACCGCCGCCCGGCGAUGCUGGUGUUUCAUUUUGAACUUCUUAUUUUAUGUAUGUGGGAGUUUUGUCUGCGUGUAUGUCUGUACCACUUACGUGCCUGGUGCCCACAGAGGCGAGAAGAGGGUGUGGUUACCAUCGUCAGCUGCUACGUAGAGCCUGGCAAUCAAACCUGGUCCUCUGGAAGAACAGCCAAUGUUCUAACCGAGCAGUCGCUCCAGCCCUGUUUUUUUUUUUUUUUUUUUUUUGAUUGUUUGUUUGUUUGGUUUUUUGUUUUCUGAGACAGGGUUUCUGUAUGUUCUAAGGGAACUGGCUCUGUCGACCACGCUGGCCUUGAACUCAUAUCGUGAGUUCCCGAGUGUUGGGAUUAAAGGUACACACCGCUGCCGCCACCACCGCCACCAUCACCAUCACCGCCGCCUGGCUAGUUUUGGUUUUUUUAAGAUGAUGGUUCUCUUGUAGCCCUGGCUGGUCUCAAACAGGCUGUGUAUCUGAGAAUGACCUUGAACCUCAUGAUCCUAUUUCCAUCUUCCCAGUGCUAGGGUUAGAGAGAAGUGCCACCACACCUGGUUUAUGUGGUGCUGGGGGUGGAACCCAGCGCUUCCUACAUGCUACAGAAGCACUGUUCCAAACCAGCUCAGGCCCUCGCACCCCGGCCUGUGGUCAGGGUUUAUGUAGUGAUUUCUUCCCUGUUCGCAUCAGGAGGCAGUCUGUUAACAGUGCAGCAAACAGGCACCUUUUACAAAUAUGAUUUAUUGCUGCCAGCAUCCCCCACCCUUUGGGUCCUUUGUUGAGCCUUGGCCUUUUUACUGGCAGUAAAGCGUGGAAAAGAACGUCUUCACUGCUGGCCCUUGUGGAUCAUGAUGGGGUCUUCCAUUCAUAAAAGUGACCCAGGGACAUUUCCUGAGAGGCAACUUGAAAAUGAGGCUCAGCUGCCUAUGAGUAGAAGAUGGGGCUUCGGGUGGCCUUUGUGACUUCCAGGGAAGUGGGCCGGAUGGCAUAUCCUCCCUGGGUACCUCGUGAGAACCUUCAAGGUUCUGUGGGAAGUCUGUGCUCGGGAGCAUUGUUAGAUGGCCUUGGCACACCCGUGAUGGACCCAUGACUUGGAAAUAGUAUGACCAGGAAGCCAGAUGUGGUUGCAGUCUGGAGAUAGACAGGAAGGUGGUGUGUUCAAAGCCGUCCUGGGUUAUAUGGCAAGCCCCCGUCUCAACAAACACACACCUUGUUCAAGAGUCAGUACAGAAUCUAAAGUUGUAGACUCUACAAUGUAGAGUCUACAGCUUGUGUUUGGUGGCCAACCUGAAGUGCUUCCCUUCUGUGCCCUCGGUACUUUUUGUUUUGUUCCGAGACAGGGUCUCACUCUAGUCCAGGCUGGCCUUGAACUCCCAGAGAUCUGCCUGCCUCUGCCUCCCGAGUGCUGGGAUUAAAGGUGUGCAUCACCAUGCCAGGCAUCCCAGUAGGUUUUGAAUUGCCUGAUUUCACCAGAAAGCCAUCGCUGGUGUGUACUUGUAGCUACAAGGACUUUUCCAAGGGUGCGCCCCCCAAAACCCCUCCCCCCAACCUUUUUUACUUUCAGGUCCUAGGCACGUGAGCUCCACCCCCAGCCAGCAUGCAAGCUGCUUUUCAAAACAACUUAUGACAGUUCUACAAUGUUUUUGUUUAGGACCAUUUAAGUACUUGGACUUUGGGCUCCUCACCUGUGAAUUGUAGAAUUAUAUAUAUAUAUAUAUGUAUAUCUAAAAUUUGCGGGUUCUAACCCAGUAUUCUUAACACUGGACAGCUGCCAACGGUUGUCCUGACUGGCAUCAGCAAGCUGCAGCCCAUCAUACCCUUACGUGUUUUGUUCUGGGGUGAUCGAUCCCUCCAUAGCUAGGGCCGACAUGGAGAACCUGUUUUCCUGUCCCAGUGGCAUAAGAAGCCCACUGUUUGCAUUGUCACCUGGACAGCUAUGACAGCGGACGGCGUGAUCGACUCUCUGUCCUGAUGUCUCUGCAGAUUUCAAGCUUUUCCUCUUGUGUCCGUUUCCUGUCUGCAUCUGUGAUAAAUCUCUGAAUAGCCUAUAAUUAAUUUCUUGUGACAGUGACUAGUGUGCAGUUAAAUCCCCCAUGAGGUAAUUAUUUCCCUGUUCUUAGCUGCAAAUCAUACUCUUUUUUUUUUUUUUUUUUAAACCAAUGAUGUCUUCGUGGUUGAGUUCAUAUCUUGUGCCUCAGCUUAGAAAUUUUUAAUAGUAUUUAGUUAACACAAUAGAAAGCCAUUCCGUGAACAUAGUGGGGUGCACACACACACACACACACACACACACACACACACACACACACACACGUGCACAUACCUUAGUUGGGAAGCAGAUUCUACGAAUAUCUUAUAUAGAAAAAAAGCGUCAGGCUUAUUAUUUUUUUGCAAAGUGAUGGAUACAUUCCUCUUAUUUAUUAAUCACUGGCUUUGAUGUUAGAGGUCUUUGUAGAUUGACUUAAGAACUGGAUUAAAACAUUGUGAACAUUACAGCUUAAUAAACGUUUACUGUAAAUUUGC